CUCUGUCUCUCUGCUGGCGGAGUGAUACAAAAAGCAAAGCCGUCGUGGUGCUGCGGCUCGUGCUAAGCAGAAAUGCCUGCCUAAGGGAAAGUCGUUAGUGAUAUAGAUAUAUAUAUAUAUGUAUAUAUAUCUAUAUCUAUAUCAUACAUUUAUACAUAAACAUAGAGAGGACAAGUGUCUCAGGCGUUGACGCCGUUUAAAGCCACAGUUCGCGUGUUGAGGUGUUUAGCACGGACAGGCCGUCACAGAUCACCCUAGUCUGGAUUUGAAUCGGAAAAAGGUUUUUCCAGAACGUCAGUAUGAAUCCUCAGCAGCGGAUCGCCGCUCUCGGAACAGAUAAGGAAUUAAGUGACUUGCUGGAUUUCAGUGCGAUGUUCUCUCCACCUGUCAGUGGAGGGAAGAUCAGACCCACCACACUUGGCAGCAGUCAGUUCAGUGCGUCAGGUAUGGACGAGCGGAGCAGCCACACAUCCUGGACCACAGCUGGUGACUCCAGUCCGUCGUGUGAGAGCUCGAGGGGUUUUGCAGACAGCCCUCAUUACAGCGAUCAGCUGACUGACAGUCGGUCAGUGUCCCAUGAAGGAUUGUCUUCACCGCCUUUCAUCAAUUCAAGCAUCAUGGGGAAAACAGAAAGAGCUUCGUUUGCUGCUUACAGCAGAGAAACUGCAGCGUCUGUCAGUCAGCCUCUGAAGUUGGACGUCACUCUGACGAGUCCCAGUGCUGUGGCUUCUUCAGGGAAAUCAGCUGCUCCGUUCUACUCCUUGACUGGAGCCAAUCCCAGAAGACGUUCUCUGCAGGAUCCUCCGCCCGCUGAUGCUCGACAAACAAAAAAGGUUCGCAAGGUCCCUCCUGGCCUGCCUUCAUCUGUGUACGCACCGUCUCCAAACUCAGAAGACUUCAGCAGAGACUCGCCGUCGUUCUCUCCUAAACCGUCCGGCAGCAUGUUUUCCAGCUCGUUCUUCGAUGGAACCCACGGUUCGUCUGACCCGUGGACCUCGUCCAGUGGGAUCAGUCCGCCUGGUUAUGGGAUACUGGCAGGAUCUUCAUCUCACAUGCCACAGUCAGGGAACUACGGCAGCCUGCACACACACGAGCGCCUGAAUUACCCGGCACACACAGUCUCUCCAGACGUCAGUGCCAGUCUCCCUCCCAUGUCGAGCUUCCACCGCAGCAACAGCAGCACUUCACCGUUCGUCACCGCGGCGCACUCCCACUCUGUCACCGUGACUGAUGGAGUCAUGGCUGCUGCGAGUCGGGGGAACGCCAGCGGAAGCUCACAGACCGGAGACGCACUGGGCAAAGCUUUAGCCUCGAUUUACUCUCCUGACCACACCAGCAGCAGCUUUCCCUCUAACCCGUCCACACCUGCGGCUUCUCCUUCACCUCUGACGGCCACAGGGGGCGCCGCCUCCACUGCCCCCGUGGUGACCGCUGCCGGCUCCACGUCUGCAAGAGCAGGAACCAACCAGUGGCCCCGUGCUAGUGGACAAACUGCGUCCUCCCCAAAUUAUGAGAACUCCCUUCACUCAUUGAAGAACAGAGUUCAGCAGCAGUUACAUGAGCAUCUCCAGGAUGCCAUGUCUUUCUUAAAGGAUGUCUGCGAGUCUCGGAUGGAGGAUCGUCUGGACAGAUUAGACGAUGCGAUCCUGGUCCUGAGGAACCAUGCCGUGGGCUCCACCGCCGCUCUGCCCGGCGACAUCCACAGUCUGCUGGGACAGAAUGGACCAAUCGCAGCCCUCGGAGCAAACUUCCCCGCCUCUGCAUUGGUUCAGAGUCGGACUGCAGCGAUGCAGCAGGGCGGAGCCCACGCUGACGACGCUGCCAGUCUGAACAACAGUCAUGGAGGUUUACCAAGCACUGGCUCCACAUCCAGCUCAGACCUCAACCACCAGGUGGAAACGUUCAGAGGUCUUGCGUCGGCGCUGGCCGGUCAGCUUCCUGCCAACCUGGAGCUGAAGGUGGAGAAACAGGACAAGGACGAGGUGCAGGACAGUCUGUCCACGGACGGCAGGUCUGACGACGAGAGCGAUCAGAGAGACAAGAAGACGUCCAGGUCCGGCACGCGCUCCAGAUCUGACGGCCGGUGGACUCCGUCUCUGUCUCACAGCAUCACUGAAGACGAUUCAGAUCUGAAUCCAGAGCAGAAGGCCGAGCGCGAGCGCGAGAGGAGGAUGGCUAACAACGCUCGUGAGCGGCUGCGGGUGCGAGACAUCAACGAGGCCUUCAAGGAGCUGGGUCGCAUGUGUCAGCUGCACCUGAAGAGCGAGAAGCCUCAGACGAAGCUGCUCAUCCUGCAUCAGGCCGUGGCUGUCAUCCUGAGCCUGGAGCAGCAGGUCAGAGAGCGGAAUCUGAACCCUAAAGCAGCGUGUCUGAAAAGAAGGGAGGAGGAGAAAGUGACGGGAGGCUCCGCUGACGCAGGAGGUCGUCCAGGUCUGACCGACACGCCCAACCCCAUCAGUCAUCUCUGAGCACACAGGUCAAAGUCAUCCACAUCAUUUCUGUCCUGCUUGGACAGACAGACAGCCAGACAGACAGACAGACAGGGUCCUAAGACUGAGGAAGAGCCGAGCGUCCGGCUCGUAUUUGCAAAUGUAUCCCCACAAAGAAAAGUGUGAGAGGGAGGAGUCAGCGUCUCCUCGUCCGUGUGUGGAAACUGGAAAGUGCCUCGUGCCUAAAGUCAGUUGACGAAUGCAUUGUAACAGCAACUGAUUUAGUUUCUUUUCAUAUUUAUUGUGUUGUGCGGCUACGACGUGUUUGUCUAAAGGGAAAGUUAAAGUUUGUCACUAUGAAAACUGACCACUCCCCUUCUGCUUCUGCUCAGUCUCUGCUGAGUCUGAGAUGAAGGGAAAAUAUUUGGCACUGAUGAGACUGAGAUUAAUUUAUUGGCCAGAUUAGAAUGAUAUUUAUACCCGACUGAAAAUUAGACUUUAGGACUGAAAAGACUUAAGAAGCCCCAUUUGUUUUUGUUGUUUUUUUUUUAAAAACAAAGAAGGAUAUAUUAUUUAUACUUAUACUGUAAUCAUUCUGCCACGUGUGUAACCAACUGGUUUAGAUGAGUUUCUGUGGAAUAUUAGGUCGUCAGAGAAGGAUCAAUUAUGUCGAUUAACAAAGGCAAACUCUAGUUUUACUGAAAGCUCACAGUUUGUAUUUUAGUGUCUUAACUAAAGGAAAGUGGGCGUGGCUUCCCCUUCACUUUUCCAUAUAGUGUUCAGAGUUCCUGGUGACACUUAUUACACUUACUCUCCUCACGUCAGCACACGAGUGGCUUGUUUUUUAUUUUUCUUCUUACUCUCAUUUUUCUUUCACCAGCUUUUUUCAGAGCUUAAAGAAUAAAUAAUAACAAGAAUAAUAAAGACUAAAAUAAACGACGACCACAUCUCUUCCUGGCCUGAUGAAGAAACCACAUUUUAUUGUAUUUUAUUUUUCUGUCUGUUAAUAUCACAGGACAUUAAACUCCAACGACAGUUAAUAUCUACGUCUGCUUAUUUGUGUUAUAGCAAGUCUUCUGUUCCAAGUCGUCAUUUACUCAUUACAAUCCUUGUUGUGUUUUAUAUUUAGUUUUAUUUCUCUCUCCGUGUGCAUGCUUUAUGUUUCUCCUUUUAUUAGGUUUUUGGUCUUAAGACUUGCUUUAUAUUCCAUUUACGAUCGUUUAUAUAACAUUAUAUAAUGUACACCUUAAACAAAGCUGCCACCUUAAGAGUGUUCUGUUUAAAAAGGGACGAACAUUAGAAGAAAGAACGUUUACAUUAAAAUCAUCUUAUUUAUCAUCUUUGUUUUUGUGAAACCAACGUGAACCUGAUUAUUUGUGUGUCAUGUGACUGAAUAAUGGCCUCGUUCUUCAUCUCAGUAUUCAUGUUGGCAGACUUUGAUUGAGGGUAUGAUGUAUGAUGUCCUAGUUUCCUUUGCUGUAUUCCCAGAUCCUUGUAUAUAUAUAUAUAUAUAUAUAUAUAUAUAUAUAUAUAUAUAUAUAUAUAUAUAUAUAUAUAUAUAAAAAAAACAAAGUCAAAAGGAAAAAAAAAUGGGCUUAUUUUUCACUGUAGUUAGUCUUUUAUACAAUAAUACUGUAAGAAUAUUUCUUGAAUUUUAAAUAUUUCUCUUUCUAGAUUUUUGAAAGCAAAAGUUUUGAGUAAAAAGUUUCUUACUUUAUUUUACUAUAUUAGAUGGUAAAAUGUAAAAUCUGUCCGUUUUACACCACAUUUACAAAGAACAUAGCUGAGUUGUUGCUCGUAGACUAGGACUCACAGAUUCCUAAAAGUGCGACUUCCGUCGUUGAUUGAGAGAUGAAAGAUUUGUUCUUGUGUGAAAUGAAAAGGUGUUGUUGAUGAUGCACAUCAAGACACAGAAACUGCAGCAAAGAGAAUUUGAACAUUAUGUCUUUUUCAACAGAAAAAACCAUGUAUAUAACAUUUAUGUUGCAAUAAAUGUGCCAUCUUUUUCUAAA